GAAUAACUCAUUAUAGCGUUUCGCCGAAGUAUAGCAGUAUAGCGAGAGGACGAAAAAACUGCGCCGGCCUCACGUGCGCGUCGCUGUGAACAUGUACAGAUUAUGGCUCCGAUUUCGUAGCGGCAUAAACAAUCAGUCAUCGCUCGCAGUUAUAGCGAGAUUAUCGAUCGCGAUCGAAAAAAAGGGAGCGUGUGUGGGCACUGCAAAGAUUGACGACGGGAAAAGAGCGAGCAUCGAGCGAUAAGAUUGUAGUUUGAAUCGAUAGCGAAUGUCGGGAUGAAAAAGUUCUUCCUAGUGCAGCGCAUGGGCGGAGAUUGCAGCGCGAAAGCUAGUCCGUAUAAAUGAGCGAGCGGACUUUUUAUUGCCAAUCGCUGUCGCAAUGUCGCACGUUCGAGUACUGCUCGUUGCUUUCUGCAUCGGGACGUGUUUGGGCUUCGCACCGGACAAACCGAAUAGUCGGCGGCAAGGAAGUCAACAUCGAGGAACAUGCUUAUCAACUGACUUUCCAGCAGUCGGGCAGACACCUUUGCGGCGCGUCGAUCAUUAGCAGAAAGUGGGCCGUCACCGCGGGACACUGCGUUGGUGGCAGAGCGUCGACUUACAGAGUCGGGGCUGGCAGUAGUCACAGGUACAACGGUACCUUCCACAACGUCUCGGAAAUCGUAAGGCAUCCCGAGUACGAUUUCGCGGCGAUCGACUACGACAUCGCCCUUAUUAAGAUCGAUGACGAGUUCUCUUACGGAUCGUCUGUGCGGCCAAUCCAAUUACCGGAGCGAGAUUUGCAAGGCGGAGAAGUAGUCAAUAUAACCGGCUGGGGUGCUGUUCAGCAACUUCGUGCAAGUAAGAACGUCGAAACGGUUGCAGCAAGGCAGCGCGAGCACGAACGAUCUGAUGGCGACGUCGGUGCCGAUAGUCGAUCAUCUCGUCUGCAGCAAGGCCUACAAAUCGGUCAGGCCCAUAACCGAUCGCAUGAUCUGCGCGGGACAGCUGAAGGUCGGCGGCAAGGACUCCUGCCAGGGCGACUCGGGCGGUCCCCUCAGCGCCAACAACACCCUCUACGGCAUCGUGUCCUGGGGCUACGGUUGCGCGCAGCCCAAAUUCCCGGGCGUCUACAGCAACGUCGCCUACCUCCGGCCCUGGAUCACCAGCGUCACCGGCGUCUGAGCCUCGCUCUCGACGAUGUAAAAACGAUUUCUUCGCAAAUCGAUACAGCCCAGCUCUCGAGCUGUAUCUAUACAUAUAUACCUAUACACUGUACAUAAACUCUAAUGCGAAUACAAUGUCGGAGUGUCGAAGGAA